AUGGAUGGCUGGCGAGACGAGGUAGACUGGAUGCGGUCACUUUAUACCGAAUCUAAGAUGAGAGGAGUCGAAUGGCGAUGCUAUCGUCCCGUGACAAUUGCGGCGCCUCCUUGGAACCGUAGCCGUAUCACUGUGUCGGAUUCUGGAAUCAAGCGAGCGGCGUCCCUAAAGCUCCAGUGUCUGUGUCGUCGAAUGGGCCAGUCUAUGAGAAGAGUUUGGCUUGGUUUACCAGUCGCUGCUGGAAUGUUACGUUUCGAUUUCUGGAUGGAGGGCCAAUAG